AUGCAAGCCGAAUACCAAAAGAAAUUGCCAACUCCCUAUUGGGAUACGGUGCACGUGAAUUAUCCCAUAAAGAAGUUUCCCAACACCGAGGAGUCCAGAGAAACCACUGCGCGACGAUGGAAAGUGCAGCCCGAAAUAUUACAUUUUGGUAGAGAACCAAUUGAGGAAAUGAAAGAAUAUUUCCGAAACUACAAUGUAACGAAGGAACUGACAAGCUCACAAACAGCUAACAAUUUCGGAUUCAAACAGUCCGAAACGCGCAGAUUUAACAAACAUACGUCUUGUGUUGACAAUGAAUAUAUAUAUCCACCUGCUAGAAAGAUUGAAGAUAGAGUACCGCAAUGUUCAGCUCAAGCAACCACAGAAAUGAAACACUCCUACACGAGACCAGAAAUUGCAGCUAGACUAGUAACAGAUAAAGAUCAGUUUAAACAUCCCGCAUGUAUGCCUGAAUCGCUCGCCUCGGAACCAACUUGGCACAAAGAGUUAGAACCUCUGGACACUACACAUGACGGUUAUGAGAAAUACUUAGAUCCGUACUUGACCACAAGCAGAUUACAUCACAGACCCUACACUGCUGAUCAGCUGAACAGACUCUCCGCUUCGAAGGACAUUGUCACAUAUUACACUCUCGGCGAUACCACCUGGGUCAGAACCCCUAAACCAAAAAUUGAAGACUGGCGACUACCAUUACGAAGACCAAAGUCAAUGUACGACAGAGAGAAAUUCAAGGAAGACUUAAGGGAAAUACGCACACAUAAUCAAAUACAAUGGGUGCCAAGAACAUUCCGUACUGAAGUUAGAGACAAUUACACACCUCAGUCCUCGAAUAUUGGAGACUUGGAUGACGAAGUUCGUACAUACUACAAAAGACGCGUUGCCAAAUUAUCUACGCGAUCCCAUCAAGAACAGACGGCAAUACAAACUGCGUACAAAUCGGAGAAUACUCAAAUUGGAUCUGACAAACCUCUGUGUAGCAUUUUGGAUCCUUAUGUUGAGAGAAAUAAGAGGUUGCAAGCUAAAAUUAAUCGUAACACGUGA